AGAACCACCAGUACUAGACCACACAGAACCUUCUUCCAGAACCACCAGGACGAGACCACGCAGAACCUUCCACCAAAACCACGAGGACGAGACCACGCAGAACCUUCUACCACCGCUGGCAAGAUAGAGAUCAUAACCAUCAGAAUGAUGAGGUCAGUUAUGAUGUUCCACUUGAUAACUCUCCUGGGCCAGGCAACUUCUUGUCCUGUAGAUCCCCCCAACAAUAAUCUUGCCUUGCAUGGAAAGGCUACCCAGUCGAACCAGGCUGAGAACCUAUACGGACAUGCCUCCAAUGCCAUCGAUGGGAACAGGCAAUCCGAUUUUUUUCAUGGGUCCUGCACUCACAGUGAAAAAGAGGCUAACCCCUGGUGGAGAGUGGAUCUGUUGAAGAAUUACCAAAUCCACUCUGUAGUUAUUACCAACAGAGGGGACUGCUGUUCUGAUCGGCUCAACGGAGCUGAGAUUCGCAUUGGAGACUCCUUGAACAACAACGGCAUCAACAAUCCCAGGUGUGCUGUGAUUCACUCCAUCCCAGUUGGUGGUACCAGUUCCUUCAGCUGUAAUGGCAUGAAGGGUCGUUAUGUCACAGUGGUCAUCCCAGGAUUUAAUAAGAUCUUGACCCUGUGUGAGGUCGAGGUGUACGGGUCAUGUCAAUAGGAACCACCAGAGACGUCGAAACGGUUCUUAAACACCUGCCACGACUCAUCAACCCUAAUGUCUUUCAGUCAUUUUUGAAUUUUUGAAUUUUCUUUACUCUUACUUCUGCUUGUAAUGCACCCUGAUGUCACAGUGAACACAGUGGAAGACCCCAAACCAACACUCAUUAGGAACAGGAUGCUAAAAAUAUCCACCUAUGAAAGAUCAUUCCUCAUGUUUCUAUUAAAGAGAGGAUUAGUUACCUCCUGUUGGAAUUGAAAUGCUUGUUAAAUUGCAUAAUAUUGAUUACAAUAAUGUUAAAUCACCUACUGUAAUUAAUUCACCAAUCCAUAAACUGUAAUUUUCUUUCUUAAACAUAUGAAUAAAUUCUUGGAUAUCU